GUCAACAUAAACGCUCUCAAACGAGAUUAAAAUUGCGUGCCGCUUUUUGGUGCCGAUGCUGCAUACACGCGAUGGCGGAAUCCGGUGCGGUCCCACACCGGACGCUCGGAUCAGUGAAGCGAGCCAUCCCAAAUUUACUAAUGGUUAGGGAAGCACUUCCAGAACUGCGGCUGUCGUCUACGGGGCAAGGUCGCAUUUGCUCUUUUGCCCCGAGCGAGCCAUAAUUAAUUUGGAGAUAAACAGAUAACGGAAAUGCCCGAUCGAAUUGAAUAGCCAGGCCUGGGACUUUGUCCCGCGUUAAGAGCAGAAGCCAAUCACUCAGUUAGCGUGCGCCAGCUACAGCGAGCCAUUAAGAUGGAACAGCAAGGUUUUCCGGUCGUGGAAGAGGUGGUCCUACAAAUCUUUUCCUGGCUGGAUGCAUGCGACUUAUGUCGAGUACAAGCUGUGAAUAAAUUUUUUUGCAGACUUAGCUCAGACAAUCACCUAUGGAAGAUCCUUUUCUUUGAGAAACAUCCUUCUCGACGCUUGCGAGGUGGGAGGGGGAUUCUUUACCCCUCUCUAGGGCCGGAUGGCGAGGAUCAUAAUGGAAGGGCUAUCAAAAAACUUCCGCGACGAGCCGGCUUGACGCUGCGACAGGCUCAUCGCCAAAAUUGGAAGACAUUGUAUAGGAUUGCAUGGAACUGGGAGCAAGGUCGUUGCACAAAAUUACAUGUUCAGGGCAACCAGACGCAUGACCAAGACAACCUUGUACGAGCUGCGGCAUUGUCUGGGCCAUUGACGAGUAUUGCAAUCCGCAACCGCGUAGUAGCGCAUUUCGCCGCCAAUGAUCCCUCGGUCUCAGGGCUCUUACCGGGCCUGGGCGAUCCUGAUGAGCGAUCCUUGGUAACCAGCAUUGCAUUAGAUCAGUCCCCAAAUGCACCUCCAGAUGUGCUGAGACUCGCAUAUUUUCAUGAGGUCGGAGUCUUUUCAGUCUGUGAAAUUUCAACAACAUUCCUCCCUCAUGUUCCGGAGCAAGGGCCUGAACACGGUCUCAGUCGUAAACUGUACCAUCUGGGAGCCCAUUCUUCGGAAGGUUUUGCACCUCGUCUUAGACAAUCUAAUAUCGUCUCGUCCGCCUAUCAUCAUCCCUUGCUUGUUGCCCUUUCCGAAGCCUUUCACAUUCUAGUGUACUAUCUUCCAACGGUUGUUUCCCCACCCUCAGACGGGGGAUUUCAAUCCUCGCCACCACUCCGUCCUAUACUUCAACACUCGCUUCAUUCCUACACAUCCUUCCCACCUUCUUCUAUGUCUCUCACACGAACCUAUAAAUCGACUUUUAAGCUUGUUGUCGCCUAUUCAGUGCCGGUCUUCCCUGCCCACUUCACGGCUGGCGCUUGCGAGAUAUCCAUCUCAUUGAACGAACAGGCCUUGCCACCUGGCUCUUCCAGCUCAGGCACAUUCGCCCGUGUUACAUCAACUCGAAUGGCGUCUGCCAAUACGCCUUUCGGUUGGUUCGAGGCUCCUACUUCCCCCUCAUCUUGUCAGGAUCCUGAGUCCGAGCCUAAAGUCAGUACUUUGCGGCAUCAGGCCGAGCUGGCGAUGGAGCAAUGGGAUCGAAAAGUAGGGAAGGUGGCGGGUGUUCAGACUGACGGGAAGUGGGUUGUCUUAGGGAGCGAGGACGGAGUGUUGCAAGUCUACCGCCUUUAUCGGCCACCCUCAACAAGUUCGAAUGCUACGCCAAUGUCACUGACUUAUCAACAUAAUUUGUACGGACAUACGGCCGGUAUUUCAGGGUUAAAAGUGACGGAUGGGAGGUGUGUGAGCUUGGGUAAGGAAGGAGUUGUGCGUGUUUGGGAUCUGGAAGAGGGUUGGGCUGUCGAGGUUGGUGGCGCCAGUUGGGCGGACGAGGACGGUGAAGGCAAGGGGGAUACUGGAGGCCGGGCCGUGGCCGAGGGGCGACCUGUCGUUGUGACAUUUGACGAGCGUCGGAUUGUGGCAACCGAUACACGUCGUGGUGGCGUGAAUAUUUGGAGAUUUGAUACUUAAAUCUCUCCCGCUGACCACUGGUAGUUUGAUGUGUCAGCACUACCCAUAUAUAUCGAUAUCGUUGCCGGUCUCCUUGGGGCGAAGACUCUCUUUGUGAUCAAAUUUGAGCCGAUUGUGCAAUUACGUUUUUAAGUUGGUGACUUUACAGUACAGGAGGGCCGAUACGCGACGCAGCGUCGGCCUUGACAAACAUGGGUUUUUAGCAUGCUUCCCUUGCAUCAGUCGUUGCGAAUUUUAAUCAGUAAUUUGCCGACGGUUCCACGGGACAUCAGGUCUUCCUGCGCCUGACGUACCCCUUCAGCGGAAAAUGGAUACUCCUUAUGAAUCACAAC